AUGUACAGUGACAACGCAACCACGUUCGUUGGCGCCUCAACAGUUCUCAAUAAGCUGUACAACCAGCUAACCAGAGAGAAUCACCAAGUCCAGGCUGCUCUGGCCACCAACGUGACUCAAUGGAGCUUUUCACCACCGAGAGCAACCAAUUUCGGUGGCAAAUGGGAGGCAGCGGUCAAAUCAACGAAAUAUCAUCUCAAAAGAGUACUUGGGUCGACGACAUUCACCUACGAGGAACGCAACAGCAUUCUGAUCCGGAUAGAGGCCUGCCUCAACUGCGGGCCAAUCACACCGAUGUCAGAUGACCCAGAGGACUUCCAGGCACUCACCCCAGGUCACUUCCUAAUAGGUGAGCCUCUACAGGUGAUUCCAGAGCCAUCAAUCAUCAAUGAGAACCCCAGCAAGUUGCAAAGAUGGAAUCUGAUCACCCAGAAAAUAAAGCAAUCCUGGUCCAGGUGGUCCAGAGCGUGUCUUCAAAGGUACCAAGCUAUCUACAAGUGGAAUCAACGACGAGAGAACAUCAAAGUUGGAGAGAUGAUCUUGAUGGUCGACGAGGAUUAUCCACCAGCAUAA